GGAUCUAAGCCCCCAUCCGCUGCUCACAGGCAGUCUCUCUCCUCCCCGGCUGUGAUUGUAAGCUGUCACCGCGUUCCACGCGUUUCAUCUCGUCUCUUCCCACCGACGCGAGAGUGGAAUUGGGGACAGACAGCCCACCCACUCAUCAACACCCCCCACCCCCCUUGUGCAGCCUUUAGUGAGGGGAAGCCCCUACCACGCUUGACUCGCUGAGUGGAUCUCCUGCGUCGCGCCUGUGCGUGCGUGUAGCCCGGGGCUCCGUCUUCCUCAACAGUUGCCACCGGAGAGGAGGAGGAGGAGAGCGGGGGAGACAGCAGACUGAGGACGGAAGGGACGCGGAGAGCCACGCAGCUCCUGCCCCGGCUUCUGCUCCUGACAUGCAGUCGAUCAUCUCUCCGGUGACCAAGGCCAUCCUAGUCGCACUCUUCAUCUUCGCCAUACUCCUCAUCCUCUACGUGAUCCUCUGGUACAUUUGCAGGGACGUGGACUGCGACCACGGCAUUUGAGGAUUCCUUUAUUUUAAAAAUCAAACAACAAGAGAAGAAAAAGACGGAAGGGAAUUCGCAAUUGGAGGAGCCCGGGGUCACCCUUGAUGCCCAGACAAGAUGGCAAGGUUGCCAUAGUGACGGGAGGAGGCAGGGGAAUCGGCUAUGAGGUUGCCCGCCACAUGUCCAAACUGGGGGUACAUGUUAUCAUAGCCUGCAGGGAUGAACAACAAGGUCUGGCAUCCAUCAGAAGGAUCCACAAAGAGUACAACGAGGCUAAAGUGGAGUUUAAAAAACUGGACCUCGCAUCUCUGCAGUCUAUCCGUCAGUUCGUCCAGAGCUUCAAGGAACGCGAUUUACCACUCAAUAUUUUGGUCAACAAUGCGGGUGUCAUGCUAGUUCCCGAGAGUUGCACCGAGAAUGGAUUCGAAGUGCACUUUGGUGUGAACUAUCUGGGCCACUUCCUAUUGACCUUGCUGCUCUUGGACACAUUAAAGCUCAGCGGCAAAUCUGACAACUUCUCACGGGUGGUCAACGUCUCCUCCUCUGCACACCGCAAUGGCGAGAUCCGACUGGAUGACUUGAAUAGCAGACAGUGCUACUCAGCCCACGCCGCUUAUUGUCACAGUAAGCUGGCGCAGCUUUUAUUUAGCUCCCACCUCCAUCGGGAGCUGGAGCAGGGAGGUUUCCCCGUCAGUUCGGGCGGCGUCGACCCUGGCGUGGUCGCUACGUCUCUCUACCGCCACCUCUGGACGCCCCUGCGCCUGGCACAUGGUGUUGUGGCCCGCUUGCUUUUCAGGACUCCUACUGAGGGUGCUGCCACCGUCUUGUACGCUGCUCUGUCACCAGCACUGGAAGGCGAAUGCGGAGGAGGCUACUGGGCCAAUGGACGCAGAGACGUGACUACCCCACUGACAUUUGACCCCCAGAUUCAGCAGCUCUUGUGGGAAACCAGCCACAAGUUUCUGGUUCCACAGUAACUCAAACUGUAUUUAAUUGUGCCAAUCAGCUUCUUUAUAUUUGAUCGUUGCGAUUUUUGUUCGACAAUCUCACUCUGGACUGGAAACUAUGACUGGCUGUUUGGGGGUGAAAACACCACAUUUUUUCUUUGCUCCCGCCAAAGAAGGGCUACAAUGAACGGAACCUUUUCCCCAUUGUGAGCUAGCAAACAUUACACGUACAUGCUAGGCCAUCGCCAUCGGUCCACAGCAGCCUGCCUUAACAGCGCUCUCCUGGUCAAUGAGGAGGUUAAUGAACUCUUCCUAAUGCUUCUGCAUCUCACUAAUGUGAUUCUAAGCAAAAAACAACCAGCUUUUAGAAAGUAGAUUUUGGCCCACUGUUCAAAAAUGUCAAUCAAAGUGUAGCACGCACUCUGGAUUUCUCUAAAGCGCCGUCAAUACGGAGGCGCCAAGUGAUGUCAUCAUCUUGGGUCAUCUCGUGAUGACUUGGAGCACUUUGCUUUUUAGCGCAUUUGUUGUCUUGAAAUGGCCACUUCUGAGUGUUCACGUUCUCUUCUUCUUGUCAGGCAAUUAGGUGUGUUUUAAAAAUAAACAACAAAUGACCUUCAUUAACAACUCAUGGCAUUUGCUAUUUGCACUUCGACAGUGUUGUUUUCGUCAAGGAUGACAAAACGGUUCCAUUGACGGCCCUUUUUUUAAAAUGGCGACAACAAAACGGUGUCGAGCUAAACAUAGCGCUUUGUUGACGAACUGACGAGACGUGUGUGAAUUUUUGCACUAACGUAGCCAACAGAUGUUCUUUCGACGUUCUUGGAAUAUGUUUCAAAAGAUUAAACAUAACACCUGCCGUAAAUGAACUUUAAGCUAGCUUCGGGCUAAAGUUAGCUUUGUCAUCGAUUCAAUAGCUUUCCAUUAUGCGUGUUAGCAGCUAUAAUGUGUGGAACAGGCAAGGACUUCUGAGUUUCGUCAAACUUGUCAUAUUGACCCAUUUUCUGUGAGUGACAAAACUACGUAACUACGACGAAUAAGCAUUUGUCUCCAGAAGAUUAUGACUGAAACCAAAAUGACAAAAACAACACUGCACUGAAAUUAAAUAUAGAAUAGUAGGGUAUUUUCCCCUUCCAAAAAAAAAAAGGUAUUGGGUUUGUUUUCGGAAAACACCAUUUUCCAAAACCAGGAUUUGUGCCGAGACAAAAAUAGACGAGAACGUGAAACAAUGGCCGCUUGAGUCUGCCCCCAUUUUCCUUUGUGACCUGUGUUAAUCCGUUUUACAGAAUCAGUAUCUGUGUGCAUGUGCUUUAUACACUAUUCCAAAAUGAACUUUAAUUCUGCCUUCGGUUUAUGUUGAUGGUUUGCACAAAAAUGGCGAGAUCUUACAGAUCGAAGAAGAGCGAGGGAAAAAAGCAAUUUUUGGUGUUCAACAUUCAAGCUGUGAUUGGUUCCUUGCUACUUCCACAUCCUCAUUUGGCGUUGCUCCGAGUGCAUUGUGCGAGUGAGAUUUCCCGGUGGGGAGAGUCAAGCUCCAUCAGCUAAGCUCAUACACACACAAACACACUCACACAUAUUCGUUCAUAAACAUUGGAAGAACAUCCAGGCACAAUUCUCUCAUCAAACAGACAGUAAACAAAAACAACUAUUGUUAGCCACUGUGAUCUAAUAUUUCGACUGUGAAAAUAGAACAUUUUAUCUCCCAAACAAUCAUCACUCUACGAGUGUGUAAUGAUAUCCAUUCAUAAUUAUGUUCAGUUAUGUGUGAAAGAAUACGAUCAAUGUGGAGCUAAUCGCCAAAUAGUAGAUCACAAACAAGGACAGGUGGAAAACCACCCUACAUCUUUUUUUGUUUUGUUUCCAAUAUAUCAAUAUAUCUGUCUCCACUUUUGUUUUUUAAAUAUAUGUCACAUUCACAGAUCCUUCUUCAGAAUCUAGGCCAUGGUGUGUUUGGGUGUUCAACAACAUAUUUUAAUUAUUUACAGUAACGUUGUCUGGCACCACUCCUGCUCGUGACAUCUUUCAGACGAGCAUCUCGUAGAAUGUGAGCUAAAUAGACGACCUUUUAGUUCGACACAGCAGCGGCAUGAAAAACAAACAUUGGCUGGAUUUUGGAGCGCUUUCUAUACAACGCAUAUCAUAUUUCUGGAGAUAUUAGUGAUGCUGAAAUCAUUCUCCAUUAUUCAGCUCAAGCUUGUGUGAGGGUUUGAAUGACAAUGUCCUACGUCAAGCGUUAAAUUAGGCUUUGAUUAUCCUCGGAUGACAGAGCGUAGCUGAUAUGGGUAUCCAUAUUGAUUUUUUAUUUUUUUUGCAGGUAUGCCGGUGUUUUCACAGCUUUGCGCUCGUAAAUUAUAGAUCGUUAUCAAAAUAGCAGGUUGCACACUUCAUCAUCAUCAUUUUGGAAUUGGCCCAGGCAGAAUAAUUUUUUUUGUUUUUCAAUUCUGUAUAUUUUUCAGCUUGUCAGCCUUUUUUUUAUUGUUUCCCUAUCCUCAUUUUCUCAGCCUCGGAAAGCAAGCGAAGGUUGUAACUCGAGGGCUUGCUUGUUUGAUUGUGUGGCUGCUCAUGUAAGAGGUUGCCUAAGGAACAGAACAAAUAUGCUUAGGUCACUCUGGAGCAAAUCAACCUCCAUCCUCUUUCACAUUUCAAUAGCGCUUGUUCCUGAGCAUUAUUUGAAAAAGCAUACAAGGUUUUGUAAACUAAAUCUGGUUUGGAAAAAAAAUCAUACUCCAGUCGGUGUUUUUAUCCAAAGACGAUGAUUAGGAAGCUCUGUUUUUGUUGUUGGCGGUAUUGGAUGACCUUGUCGGGAGGCAACACACAGCGCCGUCUCGAGUGUGUUCGACACGGACAAAACACAGCGGGUGGGUGUUGAACUUCAAAGACCAAAUGAAAAAGAGCAGCAAACGCUUAAGUCGACUGUCUGUGAUCAUGUCCCAAGUGUAAUUUACUCGUCCGUCAUCGUUUCAAAUUGUCGCUGAAGGCAACAGACCGGAGAUGCUCUUUGUAGUCUUCUUCUGAUUGACCUGGAAUUACAUUUAUAUUAAAUGUUCCCGGCUCAAGUUGUGUAAAUCAUAAAUGUGUAUAGAGAGAACAUAUUAUUGUAUACAAAGUGGGGCAGCCAGAUGAACUGAAUUUUCGUGUCUCCAUCUUACAUCUCCUUGCAUUCUCAGCUUUGAUGUCCAAUCUGGUGCACAGGAUGUUUGCACGCUGUCCUCCUCAAAUCCAAUGUCAAUACUCAGUCCAUCUGGGCCCCUGUUGAUUUUAUGAAAAGUGUAAAAAAAAAAAAAAAAAGGUUUUAUUUUUUUAACAUGAUUUUGUUGUUGAGCUUUUUUUGUUGCCUUGUAAAAGUAAAUCUCUCCCCAUAAUUAGGUAACUGUGAAUUUUUAAUGUAGAAAUGAACUUGUUCAAACUGUGAAACCGUCUUGUCCUGUGCAUUGCUGUAACUUUUAAGGGUGUGUGUGUGUGUGUGUGUGUGUGUGCCUGCGUGCGUGCGUGUCUCAAAAAUGGAGUCCAUGUUUUUUUUCCGUUUGUUUUUGUCGACGCUUGUGACAUUCCAGCAGUAGCCGCCACCUUUUCUAUUAUCCAAAGCCUCUCAAUAAACAUAUCAUGGUGUCA